AUGGACCCACAUAAUCUCGAAUACAUAAACGAGCUCCUCGACAAAGAUGUCGAGCUCAGAGAAAAAAUCAAGGACCAGGUCGCCGAUUUCGAUAGGAAAACUCGUAUCCUGAGUGGUAUGCUCAACAAGAUUCAUUCAACUCCAGCUGAACAAAUCCCUAAAUUACUCGAUUCUGUGACCCCUGUCCUAGAGAGCUGCCAGGAGACCACCACCGCUCUCGCAGACCUUAUUCCCCAGAAUCAGUUCUGGAGAUGGAAAGACAUGUGGUCUAUUUCCUUGAGAAAUGCAGUCUUCUCUGCUGCACUCGUCGAAUUUCUGAGAAGUGGUUCGCUCCUGUCGUUAUCUCAGGCGAAUCAGAUACUUGGAAUUAAAGAAGAAUGGUCGGACAGGUUCACUUUGAGUGCUGAAGACUAUUUGCAUGGUCUUAUAUCCGUGAUAAACGAACUGUCCCGUCUAGCAGUGAAUUCUGUUACUUUGGGAGAUUUUCAACAGCCUAUCAAAAUAUCGAUCUUUGUGAAGGAUUUAUUCGCUGGAUUUGCAAUGCUCAAUCUCAAAAAUGAUACGCUCCGCCGUAGAUACGAUAGUCUAAAGUAUGAUAUAAAGAAGAUCGAAGAAGGAGGCUUGUACCGUCAGGCGCUAGUGGAGAUCCGGCUUCAGUGUAACUAUACGUAUUGUGCUAUGAGCCUAUCGCUAAUCGUCUGGGAGAGUGUAGUGGUGGAUAUUGCUUCCAAUGAUGUUUUGCGAGGCGAAAUGAUCGAGAAGAAUAUUGCACGCCUGCAGAUACUAAGCAAAAGGGACCCAGACUCAGCAACUCUGCCGGAAGUGGUGGCAUAA